GCGAGGCGCGUGGCGCUUGUGACAGGGCUCCUCCGUUGCGCAGAACGGCCGCGCUGUGGUGACGCGGCGCUAUGAGGAGAGACGCGAGGACUUGCGCCGAUUUGUGAUUUCUGCGCGAGGGAGCAGAAGACUGUCUCUCCUGCCCGGCCAACCGGUCCCCAGAAUGAAACCGUUUUGCUUCCUGCUCUUUGCAACGACGGUGCUGCAGACGACGGAGGGCCAGAGCCAGGGCCAGGGCCAAAGCCAGAGCCAGAGCGAGACCCAGAGCCAGGGCCUGAGCCUAAGCCAGAGCCUGACCUGCGGUCCGACGAACCGAGGCGGGAAGAGCCUCGGCAGCCCCCGCUGGAAGCCCCAGCUCCCCAGCAGCUGCCGGCAGGCGAGCAGCGCCAGUUCCGCCGCGCUCUGCGACGAACCUGGCGCGGAUUACCCGUGGGAGGCGAUCGACAACUACCUGCGCAGAUCCAGCAGUCAGGCAAAGAAGCGGGCGCUCGCCAGUCGGUCAAGGCCCGCCUCAGGCGCAAAGACCCCGCCCAGGGGCAGCGCCUCCGCACCGAACUCCCCGCGUGGGAACGGCGCCGCAGAAGAGAGCACCCUUCGCGCGGACAGCGGCACUGCCCCGAGCACGCCGCGAGUGACCUCUGACCUGGCCGACGGAGCGGCGGCGCCGGGCUUCCCGCCAGGAGACUCGAGCGGCGGCGUGUCGAACAGUCUGCGGAGACGGCGCGGGCGCUCCGCCGUCGCCGUCGCCACGGAGAAUGUGCGGGAGAAGAAGGACAUCGGGCCGCCGCCAGGUAAUUGGGAGGCAUCCGGAGACGGCCUCGAUGAUCUCGUGGACGAAGAGGUGCUGGCGACCGACACGACAUCUAUCGGCGACAUGACGGACCUGACGUUGAUCGACGAAUCUGUAGAGGGCAGUGGCGUUGGGUUGAGCGAGGGUGUCUCAAAGAGCCCGGAGAUAAAUGCCAGUGAGGAGGAGGAUAUGGCCAUCCUGGUUUCGUUCUUCACCGACCAUUCCAGUGAAAUCGUGACAAAAGAGGCCCUCAAAGACAUACUGGAGUUUAGAAAGGCUUUUGAGAAGGUAGAUUCAAUUACGGAAGCGACCCCAACGCCGACCGCAGGCUCGGAAGGGCCGACGACCUCACGUAACGGCCUUAUCGUCGGGCCCACGACCUUAAAGCCGUCGACACUGACCACCAAGAGCCCUUCUGACACGGAAACGAACACACAGAACCUACCCUCCGAAGUGAGCUACUACCAACCGACGAGACAGUCGACGCACGAUCCGACGACUCCGACGUUCACCGACGCGCCGACCGCCGACUCCGACAGCCUCGCUUCCACGCGGCCCAUUAAGAGAUCGCCGGCGCCGGUCCUGCCCCCCGCCGAGAGACUGGUGGCACGCCCGCCGAGCAUAGUCGAGUUUAACCGCAGGACGUCGACGUUUCCAGCGCGACAGCGCGUGACCACCCGCCGAACACCGCCGCCGCGGCCAACCACCUGGGAGCCGGAGCUGGACGGCUUCACCGAGCUGGUGUACGUCACUGACACCUACCGGCAGCACGGUGAAGCGAACGUUACCAAGGUCACCGCCUGGGAGACUGUGCGGCAGACAACCUCGUUUCCGCCGCGGCCGUCCAUGCCGACGCCGACAACGACGCCGACACCGACGCCAGAUCCGUACACAGAGUCGGCCUGCAGCUACCGGGAGGAAGUACGCUCCCCAUUCUUCGCCAGGAACACUCGAUACGAGUGGAAGACCCUCAUCAACAUGCCCAACUACGAGACCUUCAUCCACAUGGAGCAUUGUGUGGAGGAGCAGUCUCAGGGUCGCUGCGCCGCCGGCUGCCGCUGUACGCAAAAGUACACUGUGCGCACCAUGCCCGUCUAUGACAGGGACAGCAACGGCUGCGACACCAUCUACAUGGACAAGUUCCUCUUCCCGUCGCACUGUGACUGCAAGUGCCUGCCAGUCACGCAUCUGUUCCACGCCGGCCGGCGGCCGACGUCGGCGCUGCCAUCUGUUGAGCGACCGCCGAAGCCCAGCUUUGCGCGGCCGCCACCAGGGGAGUUCGGCAGGGAGCAUGAGUGGGUGAGGGAAAGAGAGCGAGAACGAGGGAAGGAGAGGGAGAGGAACCAGGAGAUGGAGAUGGAGAUGGAGAUGGAGAGGGAGAGGGAGAGGGAAAUGGAAAGAGAACGGCAGCGUGAGCGGGAGAAGGGAAGAGAGAGGCAACAGGAGCGAGAGAGGGGAAGGGGCAGAGAGAAGGAGCGGGCCGACCCACCCGACGGCUACCGCCCGUCGCCUGCUGUCGCUCGGCCGAGGGCGCCCAGCCGGCGGCGGCCGGCGGUGAUCGUGCCGCCGGAGGCUGAGAAGCCGGUGCCGCCGCGCGUUCCCAUCGUGCCCUCGGACGCGCCCGUGCUGAACCACAGGAACUGGCAACGCGGACCACAAGACACGCCGCCCGACCACCGGCAACGACGCGCUGUGAGCCGGUAGGCGACGCUGCCGACAUCUACCGGCAGAAAGUGACACUGGGGUUUUGGCUGUGCUGCGUUGCGGUGGCGCUAGCGGAAGCGACGUGUGAACAGUGGUACGGCUGGCUAUUGGUUGCCAUCAUGGACAAACCCUCAAAUGCGAGGAAUCCCAUGGGAACGCUAUGUCGUGCGAUACUCGCGAGUCAUUAGACGAUGCCUCCGCCAAAGCCAGACAAUGAGUGCGUCGGCAGUAUGGCACGCUUGUGAAGUGCACGUGGCGAUCGCACGGUCCAGGUGAUGAUAACGCCUACCAGAUCACACCCUGUGCCGGCGUGCCGCGACGACCAUGACGUGAUCCAAGCAGAAGAAUCAGGCGAGCAGUCAGCUGAACCGAAAAUGCGCUGUGUCGUAGGAAGGCGGGCACAAAUGAUGCUUCGUUGGCCGUCGGCUGCGACCACGCGCAACUUUUAAUCGAGUGUGUGUGGACAGUGCGCCGACGAGUGGUUCCUCCCGGAUUUCGGGGGAGAGAUGCCAAACAUGUGCCAGGCUGAUGUAGCGUCGGCCUGUCCAGAGUGCCUCGCGCUAUGCGCUUUCCGCCGCACGUACUGCGCGAAGGCACCUGGGCCAGUUGUCUUCACAAUGUAUCCCCGCCCGGCAGCGUGCGAGAUGCAGAGUGCUCUGUUUCUCGUCAUCACUAAUUAUCCGCUGUCCGAUGAAUGCGUGAGUAUUGACAUCGCUAGUCUGUGUGGAACAAACGCGCGGGGUCGGAAUCCGAAGCGCUGUCCAUUCUCUCGCCAAAGCAGCUCUGUUAUCGAAGGCCCAAGUGCUGCAUGGGGCCGGCGCCUGUCCGUCACGCUGUCUGUGCUCCCGCGCCCCCUGCAUCCCUGGGUCUACCUCCUCGUACCCCUGGGCGUAGUUCCCUGUCCUCUAGGUCAUCCUAGGGACAAUAUGAGCCAGCAAGUGACUGGUGAAGCAGACCUGGGGGGCGGCAGGUUGAUGAGGCCCUGCGGUAGCCAA